ACACGGAUCCAGGAGGGUGGAGACCUGUCAAAGGAACAGGCAGAGGAUUUGAUGGCCCAAUGUGAUGUUGGGAUGCAGAUUGAGGGGGAAAUGCAUGAAGGUAGGGCCCGGACAGGUGCAGGCGAGCAGCGCAAAAGGCACUGCAAGCGCUGUGGUAAAACAGGACACAACUCGCGCACAUGUGCAAAAGACGUAGUAGACGUUAGCAAUUAA